AUCAAGAGAAUUUGGAUAGCAAUCAAAUUUCCUGGAGAUUUCUAGUUUUUUGUUGCCUAACUGGACUGCUUUUCACAACUAUGAACAUGCCAGGCUUGGUAGAAUAUGGUGUUAUCUAUGCUGACCCGUACUCAUAUGGGGUUAGACAAAAGCUAUGGAAUGAAUUGUUACUACUCAGCCAGGCCCUUCCAAAUGUCCCGUGGCUGGUGGGAGGAGAUUUUAAUGACAUCCGAUGCCUUUCGGAGAGAUCGGAUAAUUCCUUAUCUAGCUUUCCCAAAGAGUCUUUGAUGUUUCAUGACAAAUUAAAUGCUGCUGAGUUGCAUGAUCUACCUGCUACAGGUCCUUUAUUUACAUGGUGCAAUAAUAGGAGUACAGAUCCUGUAUCUAAAAAGCUUGACAGGCUAAUGGUAAAUGAUGUUUGGUUUGAGACUUUUCCCAACACAACUUCUGAGUUUCUGCCUCCUGGAUGCUCAGAUCACUGUGCAGGUUGUGUAAACAUCUUGGUUCCUGUACAAAAUAACCGGAGGAAGCCUUUCAAGUUCUUCAACUUUUGGACUAAGAAUGAGGAAUUCUUGAACACAGUAAAGCAAGUAUGGGAUGCCACAACAGUACAAGGCUGCUAUAUGUUUCAGCUAUGCAAAAAAUUGAAGGCUUUGAAGCAAGCCCUUAGGAAGCUUAAUUCUAAGCAUUAUGCUGACUUACCUAACAAAUUGCAGGAGGAGUUACAUAAGUUGCAUCUUCUGCAAGUUGAUCUAUUUUCGUGCCCUACUGCAAAAUUAAUUCAAGUUGAGCAUGAUCAAGCACAGAAAGUUGCAACCUUACAACUAGCUGAAGAGUCAUUCUACAAGCAGAAAUCUAGAAUUAAAUGGUUGCAAGAAGGGGACAGCAAUACCAACUAUUUUCACAAAAUAGCUACAGUCAGAAAAGGCAAAAAUACUAUCAAAUUGCCUACUUCCAUGGUAGAUUUUCUUCAGCAACCUAUCACGGAUUUAGAGAUCAAAGAGGUAGUUUUUUCUAGCCCUAGAAACAGAGCCCCUGGUCCAGAUGGAUAUACUUCAGAGUUUUAUAAAGCAGCUUGGCCUGUAGUGGGUGAUCUGGUUACUAAAGCUAUUCAGGAAUUUUUCUCCUCUGGAAAGAUAUUAAGAGAGAUGAACUCCACUAUCAUUUCUCUAGUGCCGAAGGUUCUGAACCCAGUGAAGAUGACAGAGUUCAGACCCAUAGCUUGCUGUAAUAUAUUGUACAAGUUCAUAACAAAAAUCCUAGCUAACAAGCUCAAACAGACUCUUCCCCUCUUUAUUAGCAAGAACCAAUGUGCUUUUGUGGAAGGGAGACAAAUGGUAGAAAAUGUCCUACUUGCCCAAGAAGUUGUAAAGCAUUACCACAAGCCACAACUUAGCCCUCGAUGUGCAUUAAAGAUAGAUUUGAUGAAGGCCUUUGAUUUUGUCUCAUGGGACUUUAUCUUUCAAGUUUUGAUAUCCCUGGGAUUCCCUGCUUAUUUUGUCAAUCUGCUCAAGAUCUGCAUCACUACUCCUAUGUUUUCAAUUGUUUUUAAUGGCAAUUUAUGUGGCUAUUUCUCAGGGAAAAAAGGUGUUAGGCAGGGAGAUCCUUUAUCUCCUUACAUUUUUGUGGUCUGCAUGGAAGUGCUUUCAAGAAUGCUUAAUCAUGCUGCCAUUGAAGGGAAAUUUGCCUACCACCCCAAAUGUAAGAAAGUGCAGCUUACGCAUUUGUGCUUUGCAGAUGACUUGAUAAUUUUUACUAAUGGGAGUAUAACAUCUCUUGAUGCUAUAGAUGAUGUAUUGAAGCAAUUUUAUAUAAUAUCUGGGCUACAGGUCAACUAUGCCAAGUCUGAGUUAUUUUGUUGUGGGCUGCAUGAGUGGCCGUAUAGCAUCAAUGAGUCCUUGUGGAAGCUUCUCGACGACCAUAAUGUCCGGUGGAGCAGAUACAAAUGGAAGAACUUCGCUUGUUUGGCAGGGAACGCCAUCGGAAAGGGUUUCUUCAAAUGCGCCGAUUGCUUCAAUCCUUCAUAUCAUGAAUUGCCUCGAUGGAUCAAGCAAGGGAAUUUGGACCCGAAGACAAACCAAACAGUAGAUUUUCUUAUCCCUGACAUGCUGGAAAUCAAGCUGGAGAAAAUCAAAAUUGGGUUGGAUUUCCGCGUUGGAACAGGAACGUGGGUUGCAGCAAUUGAUUUGCAAGCAUAAGAUCUGCAAGAGAAUCAACAACUAAUGAGAGCAAAGAUUUCAGAGAACCAUCCAACAUCGUCGACAAACACGCCAGAAAAAGUGGAGUAUGUUUUCUUAUC